UAGUCCAAGUCCCUCCCCUGUAACCUCAUAACCUCUGGCAAAGCAGGAUGGCUUUGUCAUAUCUGCCUUGCACAGGAUAUCACCACCCAACAUCUUCCUCAGCUGCGAGGCAGGUAGCGUAGGGAUGUACCAACACAAGCCAGGCUUAAGGAGAAGAUGAGUGCCUUAGGCGAAAUGCAGAUUGAUUUCUUGGUUAAUAAUGAGGAGUGCUCAGAGGAGAAGAUAUCGGCGGACAUCUUUGACCCCCCGGCACAUCAGGAAGACCAGGCCUUAAGGGAGCCUCAGCCGUCAUGUUCCGGCGAACACCUGAAGGCUACCUCCAAGUCCAAAACGAAAGGCAGAGAGUCCCACAAACCUUCCUUCCCCUGGAAAUUCCUGUUUCCAAAGCGCGGCGUCUCCAAGCUCAUUUUCCAGGUGGUGGCCUCGGGAGAGAAACGCCACGGCGUCUCCCUGCAAGCCCUCAAGAAGAGUGUGGCGGCCACCGGAUACGACCUCGAGAAGAAGAAGAGCUACUUCAAGAGGGUCUUGAGGGCCUUGGUGGCCAAAGGUGUUUUGCGGAAGCUGACUGGCCGAGGGCUCACUGGCUGCUACGCCAUCAGCCGGAUGAUGAUGAGGUUGCUGAGGAGGAGGAGCCAGAAGAGGAGGAGAAGGGGGAAGGGGAAGGGGAAAGGGAAGGGGAAGGCCUUGCCAGAUCUCAAGCCGAAGCAAGUACCCAAGAAGAAAAAGAGGAAGAGCAGAAAGAGGAGGAAGAAGAAGACCAAGAGGAUGACAUCUAAGCCGACUGACUUGCAGAGUCCUAUGCUGAUGACAGGUUCCCAUAGCUGACGCUGUGUGUAAGGAGGAAAAAGAAUAAAGUGUCGUAUUUGAAGUG